UGAAAGAAAAAGGAAAAGCUGAAGAAGGAACCUGGGACAGGUAAAACGGCAGCUCCCCUCUUUGAACCCGGACACCCAAGGAAGAUGGCCGGGGAGUUUCCUGUGGACCUGCGUACCUGGCGAAAAGAGGGGGGCCAAGACAAGCCACCCCCCGCGCACGGAGACCCUCCUCCCGCCCCCUCGGCGGGCCACCAGGAGCCCCGCUGGGUAGCUACGACCGCGGGAGGAACCCCGGUGCCCCGGGAACCCGUAGCCAGGGAAGCUCCGGUGGGUCAGCCUGGACCCCGGCCCGGGACUCAAGACGCCGCUGCGACCCCCAAAGAGGGGCUGCCCGAGGAAAAGAAGCCCGAGAUGUAUUUACCUCUGAGGAAACGCCGUUACGCCGUGGAGGGAGCGAACGGGGACGCGCCGGGACCUCUGGCGGGCAAGGUGCCCAAGGCGGAGAGUGAACUGGAAGGGAAUGGAUCCCAGUCGCCCCACUGCAACGGCUACCACCUCCCUUGUUAUGUCUCCAUGCCCUACCCCCGGGUCUCGGUGUCCUAUUAUCCAGGUCUGGCCAGCCCAUUUUUGAAUCCAGAACUCCCUCCCCUUUUGCAACCUUUGACCAGACCAUCCCUGCUGGGAAUCCUGCCUUCUUACUCAGAAUUCAUUCAUUCAUUGAUGCCCUCUGCAGAAACCCAGCUGGCUUUGGACAUUGCCACGGCAACGCAGCAAGAUGAAGAUGGAGACACGCCGCUCCACAUUGCUGUAGCUCAGGGGAACCUGCUGGCCGCUCAACAUCUGGUGAUUCUCUUCGACCAUGGACAGCGGGACCUGGAUAUUUUCAACAACCUGCGACAGACUCCUUUACACUUGGCAGUUAUCAUAGCUCAGCCUUCCCUGGUGAAACUUCUACUGUCCCACGGAGCAUCUCCCAUGGUGCUGGACCGGCAUGGACAAUCUGCCCUCCAUCUGGCUUGUGAACACAGGAGCCUCCGGUGCCUGCAGGAGUUGUUGGAAGGAAGUCCAGCCACACUGGAUCUCGAGGCCCGGAAUUUCGAGGGUUUUACCCCGUUGCAUUUAGCUGUUGCAUCUUUGAAUCGUGACAUUGUUCUUGCUUUGCUGGAUCACGGGGCAGAUGUAGAUGCCGUGGAUAUAAAGAGUGGCCGAUCUCCACUACUACAUGCUGUGGAGAACAAUAAUUUGGAUAUGGUGGAGUUGUUGCUACAGCAUGGCGCCAACGUGAAUGCCCAAUCCUACGGGGGCAAUACAGCACUCCACACAGCUAGCGGAAGAGGCCUGUUGGACAUGCUGCGGCUUCUGGUGAGGAACGGGGCGGACGGCAGCCUGAAAAAUUACCACAACGACACUGCCUUGACGAUAGCAAAGAACAAAAGGGUGAUUGACAUCCUGAAAGGAAAAGCUGUUCGGCCUAUCCCACACCCCGAAAACAGCCAUGAUGGCUCGUCCCCCACAGUCAGCACUGGCAGCUCUCCGGGCCUUCGGACUCACAGCCAUGUGCUCCACGCUUCACCUGACUCCUGUUCCACCAUCCCCAGCCCUGAUCACACGCCAAAGCCUCACAUAGCAGGCCACUCGCCCAACACAACCACUCUGAGGCCAGAAAGCAUUAUCGUGACGAAUGGACCUUCAACCUCUGCCCCGUUGCCUGGCAUGGAACUGGACAGAAGUCCCCAUUCAUCCACCCUAGAGCAGCCGAUGGGUUUUCCAAGAUCCUCCCAGGUUCUCCACCCCGAGAACGUGACCGAUCCUGCCUUCCACACUGCCCUGUAUCCCUUUACUCCUUCCAGCCCUCACGUCUCCUCCCAUCCUCUCCAGUUGCUUCCGAUAGGCCUGAACCAUCCAGUAAUAUCCAUGCCGCCAAGAACCCUGGCCAGUCGGAUGUCCAUGAGGUACCCAGGGAUGGACCAGUCACAAAGACUACUGGACUUGGAAGGUCAGGCGGUUCUUGGCUGCGAAGGGCAGUGGCUCCACAGCACUGACGGUGGCCCUGGGGGCAGCUGACGAGAGGAAGUCCAGAGGCCUUCAGCAGCUUUGUGGGACAGGAUGAUUUCUCAAGGACCAUUUCACAAGGCAGAAGAAUGAGUCAAGGCGUUGCUGCCGCCGUGGGUUUCCAGCCUGACAUUUCUUCACGUUUGCUGCAGACUUGAAACUACUUUCCUUUUCAAAUUGACAUGUAGCAGAGCCCAGCACAUUGAGUAUAUGUCCACUGAAUAUAACUCCGCAUUGGCAACAGGGAGGGUAUCCGGCCAGUAAAAACUCAGCUCCAUUCAGUUGCCCAGAAUCUACCCCGCAAGGGAUUAUGGGGUUGUUAAAAGAUGGUGAUGUAGCAGAGCCCAGCCAGCCUGAGAUGACCCUUCAGGCGUCCAAAAAAAAAAAAAAAAAUCAACAGUGACCUUCUUGAUCCAGCGAUAUCUCCCUCUCUCCCAAUCUCUUUGAAUGUACCUCACACCACUACCUGAGCAGAAUCUGGGUUGGACCAAUUUGGGGGUGAGUGUUCAAGGGGACGUGAUGGCUCAGCGGUUAAAGACACAAGAGUUUGUCAGCUGAAAAACGGAGGGGUUCGAGACCCGCGCUCCAUACUACAGGGGUGAGUUCCCGCUCCUUGCUCCAGCUCCUGCCCACCUAGCCGUUCGAAAGCGUGCAAAUGCGAGUAGAUAAAUAGGUACCAUUUCGGUGGGAAAAUAACAGCCUUCCAUGCACCUUUGUCGUUAUAGCUAUGCUGGCCCCGUGGCCAUGGAAAAUGUCUUCGGACAACCCUGGUUCGCUCGGCCAAGAAACAGAGAUGGACACCGUGCCCUAGAGUCAGACACGAAAUCUUUACCUUUUGUUCAGGGAUCAUGUUUUAGCUCCAAGGAAGAGGAGCUGUGAGAACUCAAAAUCCAAAGCCCAAUCCACUCCUCUCAGCUGAGGGCCGAACGUGACUUUUUGACACAAUGCUGGAAGCGACGCUCGAGUGGGGUAAAAAAAAACCCAUCCAUUUGAAUCAAUGGUGUUCUUUGUAUUUAAUAGGCAUUAAUUUAACUUGAGUGAAGUUAAUAUGGUCGCUCUGUGUGUAUUUAAGCCUUGUGGCUGUGUAUUGUGUUAGGGAUUGCAAUAUGAUGAUGGCACCUUCUUCGGGGUUUUGAGGGGUCUUGUUUACAGGUUGAAUUGUGUGCAGCGACAUGUGCAGGUGGGAUGUAGGAGGGUUGGCAGCCACGAGGCUUUUCCCCAAGGCACCCCCAAAUCGCAGGAGUGUGCCCAGGUAGUCCUCGACGUACGACUGCAA